AUGGGCCGGCAAAAGCAAACUACGCCGCUCCAGCGCAAUCCCUCAUCGCAGUUGAUGCACACUCUCCCUGACGAGCCUGAAGCAGCGCAGAAACAUGCAAAUGGUGACGCGAUCGCACAUUCAGGCGCCAACGGCAAAGCCACUUCUCCAGUGGCCGUCGUGCCGGAUCCAGUUGCGGAUAGCCCUGGCUUGAUGCAACUGCUCAUCUGUGUCCUCGGUAUAUAUGCAGCAUUCCUCUCAUGGGGUGUCCUCCAAGAAGCCAUCACCACCACAAGCUACCCCCUGCGCGCCCCAUCCGCCGCCGAACCAGAACCGCCAACGGAGCGCUUCACCUACUCCCUGGUCCUCAACACCAUCCAGUCCACUUUUGCCGUAAUCACAGGCUUCCUAUACCUCUUCUUCUCAACGCCAAAAGGCCAAAAUAUACCCUCCAUCUUCCCAACACGCCGCAUCCUCUUCCCCCUCCUCCUCGUCAGCAUCUCCUCCUCCCUAGCCUCCCCCUUUGGCUACGCCAGUCUCGCCCACAUCGACUACCUCACCUUCAUCCUCGCCAAGUCAUGCAAACUGCUCCCCGUCAUGGCCCUCCACCUAACCAUCUUCCGCAAGCGCUACCCACUAUACAAGUACGGCGUCGUGCUCCUCGUCACGCUGGGCGUGGCAACCUUCACCCUCCACCACCCCGGCACGAGCAAGAAGGUCGCUGCGUCGGCGGCAAAGCAAUCCGGUUCUUCGAUGUGGGGUAUUUUCCUGCUCUCGAUUAACUUGCUUCUGGAUGGCUUGACGAAUACCACGCAAGACCACGUUUUCACAUCGCCGAAGCUCUAUACAAAGUUCACAGGCCCGCAGAUGAUGGUUGCGCAGAAUGUGCUAUCGACUGCCCUGACCGCUGCGUAUCUGCUGAUCAUGCCGCACGUCUCACAGAGCGGGAUCUUGCAUAAUCUGCUUCCCUUCCCGAUUCCCCCGUCCACGGAGACGGAGCUUUAUUCUGCUAUCUCGUUCUUGUCGCGGCACCCUGAGGCAUUGAACCAUGUACUGGGCUUUGCGGCGUGUGGUGCCGUUGGCCAGUUGUUUAUUUUCCAUACUCUGUCGCGGUUUUCGUCCUUGCUUCUUGUCACGGUCACCGUUACGCGUAAGAUGUUGACGAUGUUGCUCAGUGUGUUCUGGUUCGGACACUCGUUGAAGCCGGGGCAGUGGUUGGGUAUUGUGUUGGUCUUUGGUGGGAUUGGUGCUGAGGCGGUGGUACAGCGACAGGAGAAGAAGGCGAAGGAGCGGGCGAAGUUGGAGGCUGCGAAGAAAGAGCAGUAG